CGCACCGGGAGAAGUGGUGGAUCCGGCUGGGGCAGGUGUGAUCUCAGCAGCUCCUUCUCUUUUCUUGCCCAGGGCAACUUCUCCGCUCGCCACAGGUUGGGGCGAGGCCAUCCCGGUCGACUUCGAGUCGCUGCCGAAGGGAGAAGAGCCAAGAGCGCGCAGAGGCCGUCCCCAUAAUUGGUUAGUCUUUAAGGUGCUCUUGCCAAACGAGAGUCCUUGGAGUUUUCGCUGCAACAGGCUGGCAGGACUGCGCUACCCCUCUUGGAACAGCGAGCGAGCGAAGAUCGGCGGCGGCGCGGACGAAACGAUCCCACCCCACAGCCUCCCGUCUCCGGCAGCCGCGUCCUCUUCGAGUCACUUCUCCCGGGGAUGCGCUGAUCUCUGCUGAGCCUCGGCAGGAAGGAGCACAUGGAGCGACCGGAGCCGCUCUGGGUGAACAGUAGCUGCGCCAACGGUUCAUUAUUAGCUCUGACAUGCCUUUCUGGGCAGACGUUCUGUCAGAUUGUUGGGAAUGUCAGCUCAACAGGCUUACCCCAGAAUAAUAUCACCUUAAACACAAACUGGAUGGUACAGAUAGAAGACAAAUAUGGCUUCUACAUUGGCUUGGCCUUGGCCAUCUUCUCCAGCUUCUUGAUUGGCAGCAGCGUCAUCCUUAAGAAAAAAGGACUGCGUCGGCUUGUGGAGACAGGAGGCACCAGGGCAGGGGAUGGAGGCCAUGGCUACCUUAGGGACUGGCUGUGGUGGGCUGGCUUGCUCACCAUGGGUGGAGGAGAAGCUGCCAACUUUGCCGCCUAUGCCUUUGCUCCUGCAACAAUUGUUACUCCGCUCGGAGCCCUGAGCGUGCUCAUAAGUGCCAUUUUGUCAUCCUACCUGCUUGGAGAACGGCUCAAUCUCCUGGGCAAACUCGGUUGCAUGCUGAGCAUUGUGGGUAGUACAGUUCUUGUGAUUCAUGCUCCAGAAGAAGAGGAGGUCACCACUCUGGACGAAAUGGCCUAUAAACUGAAAGAGCCAGGUUUCCUUGCUUAUGCCAGCAUUCUCUUGGCUGUCUGCCUGGUUCUGAUUUUCUUCCUCGCCCCACGUUACGGCCAGACCAACAUUCUCGUCUACCUCACCAUCUGUUCUGUGAUUGGGGCAUUCUCAGUAUCUUCAGUCAAAGGACUAGGCAUCGCCAUUAAGGGCUUUUUUGCUCACUGGCCUGUUCUCAAGGACCCACUCACCUGGAUUCUUGUCCUCACUUUGGUGGCCUCUAUCACCACCCAAAUCAACUACCUCAACAAAGCUCUAGAUAUUUUCAACACCUCUAUGGUUUUCCCCAUCUACUACGUGCUGUUUACAACCAUUGUCAUCACCACUUCAGUCAUCCUCUUUAAGGAGUGGGUCACCAUGUCUGUGGUGGACAUCAUUGGGACGGUCUGUGGGUUCCUCACCAUUAUUUUAGGGGUCUUUUUACUCCACGCCUUCAAAGAUAUGGACAUCAGUUUGAGGAACCUGCCACAAACCCUUCACAACGCUGAUGAGGCCCCAGCCGUCAAGGACGACAAGAACAUCCUGAUAGAGCUGGGUAAUCCAGAAAUCAAGGCUGACAACAAACCCAAAGUAUUCAUGAUCUACAGCUGAAACCUAUUCAUGAUCUACAGCUGAAACUUGGAUCGAACUGUAUGAAGGUAAUACAGGCACGUGCUAUAUUUUGCAUUAACGGGUACACAUAUUCUGAGAAAUAGCAACCAGGUUGAAUCCCAUGAACUAGCUCUCUCACGUUUUGUCUCAGUAACCCUUUCCCCCCAUCCUUUGGAAUAUCACUGCACAUCCCACACUCUGGAAUUGCCUUGACUGCUUUGUGCCUCUCUCAGACAAGCAGGUUUUCACUAAUCAUUUUGGGGUGGGGGGAAUUGGUUCCAUCUGUGGUUGAAGUUGCUUCUUGGCCCCUUUGCAUGACGUUGUCUCUUCCAAGGUGAUCUUCCCCUGAGAGGCUAUACUGAGGUGCUGUGAGGCCACGACGAGCAUUCAGAUUUGAAGUCUAUGACCUGCGAAACUUCAGGGAAAGUUCUUGUGGCCUUUUUCAACCCUGAGUACUCAGUCCUCUACUGAAAGCGUUAACAGAAAAUAACUUAGUCAUUCUUCUGAUGAGCCAGUUAGAUCAGAUAUCAAGCUCUGCUAGGACUCUUUUCCCAGACACACUAGCUUUAUGUUGUUGCCUGAUGAAGGGAUGGUUGCGCCAUCGUGCGAUUGCCUCAUCUGUACGCUAAAGAGGGGGAAAUUUCACUGGGACGAUAUCACAUGUCUUUCUGCCUAUGCAAACUACCCUUUAGUGCCUUUUUGGUCUUCCACUUAUUAAGUUGUUCUUCUUCAAAGUGGCUGGAGUUAACCCAUUAACCUAUUGCCCUGAUAGUGCGCCAACUAUCUUACAGCGCCAAUGUGUAUCAAGAGGACAAAAUUCUGAUAGUGGUCCCAUUUCUUGUACUAUAGUGCCUAUGUAAUAAUGUAUUAUGGAAAGGCAUAACAGCCAAUGCAAAAUUGUGAAAUACGCUUCAUCCCUAGUAAACUUCUGGUGAGACAAAAUGCUAUUUGUAUUUCUGUUAGCUUCUGCCAUUAUACCAAAGGGUCAGCCAUCUAACCAAGGGUGUUUGAGAACCUUUUACCUUACUGUGUACAUACAACCAUAAGGAGAAUCAGUCAACUGCAGUAUUCAUUCCUGUGGUGGUAAGAAUCUUGCCCAUGCGCCCAGUUUUUGGUUGCAGGAAGAUGAUGCAGUUCUCCUCACCACAAGCAGCAUACUUCUCAUGCAACAUGCUUGGUUGCACAUUGUGUGCACUUGGGCUCAGUACCCAUGUUACUCUGGCGCCUUGACAGCUGCCAGGGAAACAUGAAAUGCCCUGGCCCACACCCAUGUUAAAAAGCUUGGGCUUUUAACAUGAUAGAUAUAUGAGACUGGUGUUGUGAGUAAAGUGAUGUAAAUAUUAUUGGCCAAUAGCCCUCCAUGUUCAAAAGUGCCUUAAGUACCAGAAGGAUGGUGGUAUCUCAUGAGUUCUGUUUGGGGUACUGCGUUACGCCAUCAUUAAAGGGAGGGCAGCAUGCUAGUUAUGUUCUUAAUAAGAUUUGUAAGUGGCUAUAACCAUUAGUGUUUAUUUUCAAUGUUAAGUUCUGUAAGUAUGUAGUAGACCCCCCCCAAAAAAUAAACUUUUCUGUACAGCUCAAAUCCCCAGUUGUGAUCAUGCCAGGAUAAACUGGGGUCAAGUCUGCAGGAUUUAUGAGGUGAUGAAAGUUGACGGUGGUUUGGGUCCCAUGACUGUCACUAUUUCCCCAAAUGCUUCUAAGAUUUCCUUUGGUCAAUGAAAGUCUUUCUGCUUAGCCUUGAUGACCAAGAAAUUGUAAAAUGUACUGUAACCGGCACAUGCCCUUUUUUUGUGGAAAACCAAGUGAGAGAGAAAUUAGGCAGGAUUAGGGGACAGACAGCAAAAUCCUGAGAAUGAUGAAUCAAACAAGAGAGAUAUAGUUUCAAUUUUAUAUCUUCUCCCCCUAUCACUAUUCCUCUGAUAUAUCUUCAUCUUCUCUAAUGCUCUUCAAUAAAAUUUCCAGUCCAAUUAUAUAGAGCAAUGGCAACAGGGGACAUCCCUGUCUUGUUCCCCUUGUUAUAUUUAUUUUUCCCUGAAAAUUUACUAUUUAUUAUUAAUUUUGUGUUCUGAUUAGCAUAGAUAACCCCGAUCGCCCUUUCGAAUUUUUCUCCUAAAUUUAAUUUUUUUAAUACCUUUGUCAUGAAUGCCCAGGGCACACUAUCAAAAGCAUUUUCGGCAUCUAUGGACAUUACUGCCGCCUUUUUCCCUCUCUCGUAUUCUAAACACUCGAAGAUAUUUAUUGUAUUUCUUAUGUUAUCUUUUGCCUCUCUUCCUAAGGAAGAGAGAAAUUAGGCAUGGUUAGGGGACAGACAUAAAAAUCAUGAGAAUGAUGAAUCAAACAAGAGGUGUAUGGUUUCUUCUAAUUUUUUUGUUUUUGUUUUAACAUUUUCUAGUUCCAAAGCUUUUAAGAAAGAGAAGUUGAGCCUAUUUUUCAAGCUCCCAACUCUGCCCCACUCAAAUUUCUCUAAAUCAACUCUCCCAAACUAGUGCCUUCCAUAAGCUUUUUGCAACAGCUCCCACCAACCCUGUGUCCAUGACUGGCUAUGUGUAUAGCAGGCCAAAACAUUUAGAGAGUGCAAGGCUGGAGAAGGCUGCUCUAAAUGAAGGGGGCUUAGGGGCAAAUGAUGAGCAUUGGAUGCCAUAAAAUUCACAUCCUGAUCCUGUGUUCUGCUCCUGUGAAACAGCAAAUCAUAGUGCCUAGUACACUUCAUGGAGAAAUGUAUUUGCUUGCUAUGGGGAGGGACAACUUCUCAGUCUCCACAGCAGCAGCAGCAAGAGCUGUGCAUUUUUUUAAAAAAGCAGCAUCCUAAGAUUUAUACGGAUAGCACAGGCAUUAACCCAGAGCUGGCAAAAACAGUAAAGGAAAUUUUAGGAUGCAAAAACUUGACUUUUGCAUGCCAGUAAUACUUCAGUUGUUGAAGUACAAACAGAAGCUCUGCCUAUAUUUACAUAGUUUCCUUUUUUGUCAUUUAUUUUAAAUCAUUGGUUCUUCAUUCCAGAAGGAAGAACUCCAGUAACAUUGUUACUCUUCUAAGGUUCACUUUCAUUCUGCUCUGCUUCAUUUUCCAGUACAAAAUGACAAACUGGAGAUUACUGGCAUCUAAUAGACAUGGUGGCAUGUAUGUUUGAUGCUAGGUAUAAAAAGUUGACGAGCUUCUAGUUUCUUUUAAAUUUGAGGUCCUUUGUUCACUUCUGGAAUGGAAAAAAUGAGAUGUUUGAAGCCUCCAGGAUGUUGAGCUCUAAUGGCAUAAUGAAAUCUUACAAAAAGAUUUGAUGGGGAGGUUGGAGGGUGGAGCUCCAUUGAGACUGAAGUGCAUCCAAGUUCAUCUCACCAUCACAGUACAGAGUUCCAAUAUCAACCAGAAAUUUUGGCUUUGGCACUGAUGCUGACAAAUAACAUUCAUCCGGAAAAGGGAGGAGAUGGAUCAGAGAUCAAUGAAAAGUCACCAACUCAGUUGAAAGGUCAUAUUCCAAAACUCUGUAGUAGCCCACAACUGUGGACUAAAAGUCUGUGUUCCUUGUUGUCUACAAAGGUCUUUUAAAACUCCUGGGAUCUUCGUUCCUAACGAAUGUAUUUUACAGUUAAAUAAGAUCAAUGUAACUUUGUGAAUAGUUAUGAUGGACAACUUGGAUUUGCCCCUCCCUCCACUACCAAUUUUGAACAUAUGGCAUUUCAAUUUGUACUUGGAGAGGGGGAGAAUAAAGAUCUUUUUGUACAAACUCUUAAAA